AUGGAGUCUCCAUUUUCUGAUAUGGACUGGCUUGAUACAGCCUCGAAUACUCUUGAUCUUGCGAUACAAAAAGGUCUUUAUACAGAAUUUAGUCAUCUAAAGUCUGACCUUGAUCGUAUACGUUUUAUUCAUAAUCAUCGAACGAGUCUUUUAUCAAACACGUUUGAACGAUAUCUAUCAUCAACAUCAUCAUGUCUAACAAAAAAUGCAACAACAGCAAUAAAUUUUCGUAAAAAAGGUAAUGACUAUUUUGUCGAAAAAGAUUUGUCCCGUGCAGCCUGGUGUUACCGUGCAAGUAUUGCAUUAUCAACUUCAAAUAGUCAAGACAUGGCAUUAUCCUAUGGAAAUUUAUCAGCUGUUCUUUUCGAAUUAAAUCAUUAUCAUGAGUCAAUACGUGCUAUUCAAUUAGCGAAUGACUAUUACCCCACUGAACUUAAAUUUAAGCUAGUUUUUCGUCGAGCAGCUUGUUAUCAUAAAUUAAGUGAUCCUGAACGUAGUGCAUAUGAACUUAAAAUAUGCCGUGAUCUGAUUAAGAGAACUGCUGGUUUGGAUAGGAAAAAAAUCGAUUCGUUUUGUAAAGAAAUGGAUCAAUUAAGUCGACAAAUAGCUAUUUUAAAUAAACGAAAAGAAGAAGAAGCAGAAGAAAAACAAGAACCACAAACUAUGUCAUAUAAAAAUCUAGAUGAUCUCAUUCAAAAUUCGCCAACACCCACUGAAACCAUAGUUGCUUGUUUAUCGAAAUCGACUGAAGAAAAAGCUACUAAUGAAUUUUGUCCACCAUCACCCCCAUCGCCACCUCGUAGCACUAUUCUUGUUGAUGAAUCAAAACUAUUAUUAAAUGGAUCUAAUAAGUAUGUACCAUGUGCUAGUUCAACAUUACGUGUUGCUAAUUCAAAAGACAAAGGCCGACAUAUUGUUGCUAAUCAAGAUAUUCCAUCUGACGUAUUAGUGCUCAAUGAACGUCCAUAUGCUUGUUUAUUAUUACCUAAAUUUGCUUAUACUUAUUGUGAUCAUUGUUUAACAUCUAUUGUCAUUCCAUAUGUUUGUCCACAAUGUUCCCACGUACUAUUCUGUAGUGAGCAUUGUCAGCAACGUGCACUCGCUAGUUAUCAUCAAUAUGAAUGUAAACAUAUUCAUAUACUUAAAACGUUAGGAAUCGCUUUUCUCGCUUAUCGUACAUUAACAAUAACUGAUCAUGAAACAUUGUGGACAACAAUAACUCAAACGACAAUUCCAAACGACAAUGAAGAACAAAAUAAGAUAUAUAAAUCAGAUUACGUUUCGAUACAAAAAUUAAUAACACAUACAGAACAAAUGUCAAUAGAUGAUUUGUUUCAUUAUUCAUUAACAGCAUAUCUUCUUUCAGAAAUAAUUAAGUCAACGAAUUUCUUACGAUGUAAUCAAAUAAAAAAACGUGACACAGAACAAAUUUUACUUGCAUCUAUCCUACUUAAACAUAUUCAGCAAAUGAUCUGCAAUGCUCAAACAAUAUCAAUAACAAAAACAAAUCAAAUGGAUGAUAUUAUUUUCGACAAUGACGAUGAUCGUGAUGAAGUAACAAAACGUUUUGCUUCAGCUAUUUUUCCGACCUGUGCAUUAAUGAACCAUUCAUGUGUUCCAAAUAUUCGUUGUAUAUUCGAUCAAGGACAUUUACGUGUAUAUACAGCGAAACCAAUACGCCAAGGCGAAGAAAUUUUAAACUGUUACGGUCCACAAAAAUCUCUUAUGCCAUCAAUUGAACAAAGACAAAAUGUUCUCUUAGAACAGUAUUUUUUUAAAUGCCAAUGUGAAGGAUGUGUUGAAAUUAUAAAACCUCACGUCGAACCAAUAGCAAAUGGUGAGAAUUAA